CUGUCCUCUGAUUUUGUGCUGUGGAGUUUAUUGAUUUUGAUGCCGCUCAAAGCCAUCUAGAAUUUGUGGCCAAUAUUGGUUGGUAAAGGAUUUGCUAGACUAUUUUAACAUUGAUAUAUAUUUUACUAUUGGAUGUGGGAAGACUUCUAGGGCCUAUGUCUACUUUUGCUUACCCAUUGCACAGGGAUAACCAUUGAUUUUAAUGGACUUGGAUGAACAACUUAUUAACAGGAAUGGGUCAAGACGGAUCUGUCUGAGUAGGAAUGGCGUGAAUGGAUUUGUUUUGUGGUUUGCUGGCUUUCACUCCAGAAUCUUAAGCGGGACAAUGUGACUUACUGUUGUAAGGAAUUGGCAAUGAUAAAUAAAAGAAGCAUUAAAGACUCUUUGACACAAUGACCUUGCAAUGUGAUUUUAUUUAUGAUUUUUUUUUAUUAUACGUAAUGAGGUAUUUUUGUGAAAUAUUAAUAUGGAAAAAAGAAAGCCUGUAGUUUUCAAGGUAAUUUACUAUGUGCAGAAAUACUAUCCUAAUCAUCAUGAAAUGCACUAUUUCUUUACAUAAUAGUUAUAUUGUUUGCAGCUAUUUUCCAUAUAAUGAUAGCAACUUAUCGCAUGUGAUUGACAGAUUCAGUGUGACACAGUGCUGGCCUGUAUUGGAAUUCUCAGUCUUAAAAUGAUCUCCAGAGUGGAAUGAAUAAUUUGUAUUGAUUUCAGAGUAUGUCAGUAGCGUAACACUUGGAAAUCAUUCUCGAAUUUGGAUUGGAAUUUUGAGAGACCAGUUUUGGAUACAAAGGAAAGAUGGCGCCUCUUGUAAGCCAGUUUUGUAGUCACUGUUUCAUGAUUUUGGUUAUGAUAUUUAUCAAAGUGUGUGGUUCAUUUAAGUUCGAUGGAUCGUCUACAAGUUUUGGGAAAUUUUCUCAGUGGACACCUUGCCAUAAUGGGACAAUAGAGUUUGAAUUUAGGACCAAUGUUUCAAAUGCACUGUUGUUUUACAUCGAUAGUGGUGAUAAGCAGAAAAAUCCAGACUAUUUCGAGUUAAAACUUAUAGACGGUUUAAUGCAUUUGCGUUUUAAGCUCAAUAGAGAAAUAGACAUGGUGUCAUCUGCAAUGGGCAAUUUGAAUGACAACGAAUGGCAUCUUGUUAAACUAAUGCGGGUAGGACGACAGACAACGCUAGUUGUCGAUAAGGCGACCAUUAUGAAAGAACACCAGAAUUUUGAUAUUGAAUACAAGACAUUCGGUGAUUCAGUUGACAAUUACGUCUACAUUGGAGGUCUUCCAAACAUCUUCAAUACGCAGUUAGAAAAACUUGCUCAACCGCAUGUAAAGUACGAACCAAGAUUGCGUGGUUCUGUGCGUAACCUGUUCUACAGCAAUUGUGGGAAAGAGAUGACCAAACCUGACCUUUUGGACAGUCAGGGUCUAGUUCUGGCAGAUGACCAAUGCAUAAGGAACAACCCUUGUCUCAAUGGUGGGAUAUGCGUGACGCGUGAUAGAGGCAUGCAGUGUGACUGUUCAGCAACGGAAUUCACUGGGGAGUUCUGCCAAAUUGAGAUCCAGCCCCUGGAGGUGAUGUUCCAGGGAAGCCAGUAUCUGACCUACAACCUCAAGAAGCAUGGUGACCCCAUCUUCAGCAGCAACGACCAGCUCCUGAUGUACUUCAAGACCACACAGCCAGAUGGCUUACUCUUUUAUACUGGCGAGAAUGCUGAUCACAUGACAGUGUUCCUGAAGAACGGAGCGGUUCAUGUGACGAUGAACCUGGGGUCGGGGUCGUUUAACGAGGUGGCGGACAUGAAUGGCUACAAGCUGGAUGAUGGUCAGUGGCAUCUCCUGCAAGUCUCCAGGAAAUCACGUGAAGUGUCUGUGGAUGUGGAUGGUUCCCAGCGACUGAUGGGCAUGACACAGGGCACCUUCACCAUGCUGUCGUCCCAUGUGAUCUAUCUAGGGGGUAGCCCCAACACGGACUCCCUUGCUGGCUCUGACAUCCGGGCAAACUUCAGGGGAUGCAUGAAGAAGGUUGUUUAUAAAGCAGACAGUUUGAGUCUGGACAUAAUUGAACUUGCCAACAGAGGUCACGAGUUUAUUGUUGCUGCGGGCGAUAUUGUGUACGGACAGUGCCAAGAGGUCAUUGACUCCCAGCCUGUUACCUUCUUGACCCCAGAAUCGUUCAUAGCCCUUCCGCGUUGGGAUGUAAAAAAUCAAAAUGGUUCGAUAUCAUUCCAAUUUCGAACUAGCGAAUCUGAUGGUCUUCUAUUGUAUAACAGUGCAGAAUACGGGUCAAAUAAUCUGGAUUUUAUUGCCAUGGAGAUAAUUGAUGGUGAUUUCUACCUCGUUUUGGCGUUAGGCACAGGGGUGAUUAAAGAGAAAGUGUCGAGAACAAAAAUCAAUGAUGGCAUGCCACAUGUUGUGGUUUUUCAGUAUCGUGGUAAGACGGGCUACAUCAGUGUAGACUCGCAUGAAUACGAGUAUGUUACCCCAGGAAUGGGCAAGGAGCUUGACCUUCAGGACAUGAUGUACAUAGGCGGUCUGAACUUCCAUCGUUAUAACGCGUACCGUCUGCCGAAAGAAGUCUGGUCUGGUAUACUGAAGCAGGGAUACGUGGGCUGCAUGCAGGACCUGAAAAUUAACAACAACAAGGUUGACCUCAUGAUGGUUGCUAGGAAGCAGCAGCAGAAGGAUGUUCGCAACGAGUGCCGCAAACUGUCGGACCAAUGUUCAGAGCAGGUGUGCAUGCACAGGGGUUCGUGCGUGGAGGGAUGGAACCGAUACAUCUGUGAUUGUAGGGGAACCUCAUACACUGGGGUCAACUGUGAACAUGCGGCCACCACCCUGUCAUUCGACCAGUCCCAGUAUGUGAUGGUGACACUCCCACAGGAGACGAGCACAGAAGCAGAAGACAUCUCACUACGUUUCAGAACCAGUCAAGCCAAUGGUCUCCUGCUUAUGACACACGCCCUUAUGCCUGGGGACUCUAUCGAGCUAUUUUUAGAAAGGGGAGCCUGCAAACUUACAGUGACACUUGGACAAAGGUCAAAGACGCUGUCAGUUGGUCACAACCUCAAUGACAAUGCGUGGCACACAGCCUACAUCAAGCGACGUGGACAGGCGGUGUGGUUCUGGGUGGACGCCCUGAGGCAUGUCACAGACAACAUCCCAUUGAUCGCAAUCACCCUGCAUGUGAAACAGAUAGUAGUAGGAUCCAUGGGACCCCUUCUAUCAGGUCCUGCAGCGUUCCCAUCAGAGGAAGGGGUGCAGGGGGACAUGCCAGUAAGGACACGGGACAUGCCAUUGAGGACACGAGACCUGCCAUUAAGGACAAGGGACCUGCCAUUGAGGACACACAACUUUUUUGUUGGGGACAUGCAACAGUUCAUCUACAAUGGCAACCAAUUCUUUGACAUGGCUAAAGAGAAAUCUGUUGAGAGCAUUGAAGUCACAGCCAGGUUUGACCCAGGUGGUUCACUGAUACAGGACGCAGUGACCUUCGAGUCCCAGGAGUCAUACGUAACAUUACCCCACCACCUUCUACAGUCGCACACACCACAUUUCUCCCUGUCAUUCAAAUUCAAAACUCGCCAGAACUCUGGACUGAUCCUGUAUAGCGGUCUAAAUGGGCCUGACUUCCUGGCAAUGGAAAUCGAUGACGGGUACCUGUACUACAUUUACGACAUGGGAGGAGGGUCCAAGAGGGUACACGUGAACACACCAGAGCCGCUGAACGAUAACAACUGGCACGACGUGUCGCUGUUCAGGCCCCAAAUGGAUCAGCAGCAGAUACGAGUGGACAGUAACCCCUCCACUGUGGAGGACAUGAAGGGGUACUCGGCUCGCCACUUUGAUUUGAAAGGGCCCUUGUAUAUUGGGGGACUUGUCAAGACUCGUUUUAACACUCUGUCUACAAAGAUCUCAUCUCGCUACGGGUUCCUUGGCUGCAUGGCGGCUCUAGACAUCAACAGUCAGCGAAUCGACAUUUUGGAUGCAGCAAACUUUGUUGAGUCAUCUGGCUCCCACACAGUGACGCGAGGAUGCACAAGUUCCGAGGUUACAUGCCACUCUAAAUCAUGUGAGAACGGAGGGCAGUGUGAGCAGCAGUGGAACUUCUUUGUGUGCAACUGUGACAUGACUUCGUUUGUUGGGCCUCACUGCACUGAUGAGAGCAUUGCCUACAAGAUCGGGCUCAAUAAUGGCCUCAUUGUGUUUGAGUACCCAGGAAACUCGAGACCGAGCACAAAGAGUGACUACCUCGCACUCGGCAUCACCACAAUCCAGGAUCGGGCUAUGAUCCUUCGUAUAGACAGUGCAGACACGCAGGACUUUAUUGAAAUGGAACUGGUGAGUGGCAACAUCUUCAUGGUGUACAACAUGGGCCAGGAGUCCAUCCCGUUAGUCGCCAUGGACACGAAAGUGAAUGACGGCAAAUACCAUGUGAUCAAGUUUGUACGCUCUGGAGAGAAUGCGAGCCUCCAGGUGGACAGGGAACAAGCAUUUAAGAACCCUGCAGGCCACAAGAUGACGGUGUUUAACAGUCAGGCACGGAUCAUGCUGGGUGGCAGACGGGAAAGUACAGGAAACAUCUCGCUACCAUUCCAUGGAACAAUCUAUGGUGUUGUUUUCAACGGUAUUCGUGUCUUAGACCAACUGAAGCAUGGAGACCUUCGUGUCCGUAAAGAGGGGGACGUAACACUGGUGCAGAGACAAGAACAGGUGAGGACUCCCCCACAGCAUGUGGAGUUACCAGGCGUGGACAUCGAGGGUGAACGGGGUGUGCAGUCCACACAGGGAAUGAAGAUGAAAGGAAUUCUGACAAGUCAAAGAAAACGACGUUCUGAGAGACAGGACAAUGUGGCCAGACAGCGGAAGAAUAGAGAAAAAACAUCUGAUAUGAAUGAAUAUUACAGAUAUUACUAUCAAAAACCAAACUUGGUACAAACUAAAAUUGAUAUUAAAUACAGAAAACCUAACAUAUCAAAUGAAAUUCCAAAGAAAAGUGUAGAACAAUCUGCUCCGGCUCCCGCCAUGCACACUUAUCCUGUGAUAGACAACUCUGCUCAAUAUUCAGUGACAAAUCUACCCCAGGGAACCCCCAUUCCAUCCAUUGGUCCUUUGUUAAAAUCUAAGCACGGGAUUGGUAGGAAUAUUGUUGACCAUACCAUUGGCGGAAAGAUUGAGGCUAUUUUUAGCUCAGGGUUUCCUGUUGACAAUGAUGGCACUGACUUUACAGGAUCAGGGCACCCCAGUGUUCGAUUAACAACUAUACCAACUAGGAGGUUUUCAAAGUGUAAGCACUUAAGAAAAGGGAAAGGCAUGAAGGGAGGAAAGAAAAAGAAGUUUAAAUUUUGUAACAUGAGGUCAAUUCACACUAAUGCAAAGCCUGUGACGACUAGUGAAAUGACCAAAGUCCAGGUUGGAUCUUUUUCACGAUCCCCUUUGGCAGUUGAUAACAGAAAAGUAGGAAAGAUAGUUUGGGGAAAUAAACCUCACAAGAAGCAAAAUGCAGAUCAACAUUCCAGUAGCAGGAAACAUUCACAACUGACCACUCCACGGCAGGCUGUCACUGAUGACAUCAUCAUCUCUGGCGAUGGACUGGAAUGUAUUGACGAUGACGAGGAUGAAUGCAUAACAAACAACGCUGGCUCUGAGGAUGACAUCAUCACGCCUUCCAUCACUAUCACCCGCCUCUCGACGCCAAAACCGAACCCAGUUGAAAACAACGUCAACAAUACCAACAACUGCAAAGAUUGUCCACAAGGCACCCAGAUAUUUCCAAACACCAGUGGCAACACAACAGACAUGAAUCCAGUAUCCCCAAGUGUUGAUGGGAAAACAACCAAGAAAAAUGGACCAAAUGCUGAAAGGAGCUCUAAUGACACUGGCCAUUUGAACAUAUUUUUAAUUAUCGGAAUAGUAGCAGGUGUUUUAGUAGCUUUCAUUAUUCUAGCAGUAGCUUUGUAUAGGUUUCGAAGUCGUGACGAGGGUACGUAUCGUGUUGAUGAGAGCCAGAACUUUGCAAAUCUAGAGGCUAAAAAACAACAGAGUAAUGGUGGGUCAGUUGCUAGUGUAGGUAAUGGUAAAGCGGGAGGUAAAAAGCGAGACGUGAAAGAAUGGUAUGUAUGAUAUGAGGAGAUUGACUCGUGUGUGGAAAAAAGUGAAGCUUAAGUAAUUAUAGGAAGCAUAUACAAUAUUUAAAUUUUCAUUGGUGUCAAAUGAAGUUUCCUACAGAAGAUUUCAUACUAUUUAGAAGUUUAUUGUAUUGUUGUAAAAAAGAUUUAUUAUUUACAAUAUAUAAAAUAUUUGUUCAUGACCAAUUUGUUAUGUAGUGUUUUUCUGAUUAAUAAGUUCUGGAGAUAAAGCUACAUAGGGCUAUUUUAGGUAAAAGUUUCUUCCAGUAAAUUAAUGUUUUAAUUUAAAUUGUGAACAUUUAAAUGAUACUCUGUACUAGAUGCAACAUGGCUCGUUUUGCUAAAGGUUUGUCGACCAUAUAUUUCAUGAAUAAUUAUUCAAAUCAUUUGUUUAAUUAUUGGGCAAACAAAGUUUUGUGCAGCAAUUUCGGACAGUUUUCAUUUUAAAAUUAUAAGCAAAGUAAGACUUAUUAUAAACGGAUAAUAAAGGCAGGUAACAGCAUCACAUCAUUUGUUUCCACAUAUGAGUCAAUUGAGAAAGUACAAAGAGUGCACAGGAAUUGUUUCGCUAUGGUAGUAACUGUUGCACAUGUACCAUCUUCAAUCAAUUACUGGUUGAUCAUAAUGGAUAGCUCCUUUAGUCAAACCCCUGUCCUCAUCAUCUGUUCUUAACCACAGCCUCUCUCUAUUGUAUUGGAAAGAUUGGCAUGCAGUAGAUUUUUAAGAUUUCAUGCUUUGCUAUAUCUUUUUUGUGCAAAACUUUGAUUUUCCAUAUCAAACUGACCAAUGAUGAACUGUUUCUGUGUGUGUUAUUAAAUAAUUGGGCCUUGCUCUGUGAAAAAGGGGUUUAAUGCAUAUGCGUGAAGUGUCGAUUUGCCUGUGCAGUCCGCUCAGACUUAUCAGGGACGACAUUUUCUGCUUUUAUUAUAUUUUCUUUUUAAAGAAAGUCUCUUCUCAUCAAAAAUUCAGUUUUGGCAGAAAGUGUUGUCCCUGAUCAGCCUGUGUGGACUGCACAGGCUAAUCUGGGACAACACUUUACGCUCAUGCAUUAACCCUUUCAGUGCUGGAACCGAAUUUUAAAGGCCUUUGCAAACAGUUUGGAUCCAGAUGAGACGCCACAGAACGUGGCGUCUCAUCAGGAUCCAAACUGUUUGCUAUUCUGAUAGUAUUCUUUGAAAAAAAUUGAAAAAAAUGCUAAUUUUACAAAUUCAGCAGACAACAAUUUAGCAGACGAUAAAUUUCCCAGCAUGCAAAGGGUUAAACUCCUUUUUCUCAGAGCAUGGCCCAUUUAUAUCCAUAUACAUGUAUCAAACUUUUGAAAUAUUACUUGUGCAGCUGUGAGUUAUUAUACCAACCUGACCAGUAUGUACUUGAUUGAACACGACUUGCAAGAAUAAAUUAGCUUGUAACUUACAAAAUCAUUGCCUAAAGUAUGUUGCUUAUGAAUGUGGAAAAUGUCUUAUCUAAGAAAAAAAACUGCUAAAAGUUUUUCUAUCUAAUAUUUUUCUGUAUUCUUACAUGGAUAUUCAUGUAAAACUAAAUGAUAUUUGGUUUGAAUAACUGGAAAUUGAAGUGCAAUAUUUUCAUUUCAUUAUCACAUUUACCCUGAUAGAUGACUGGAUAAUUUUGUAACUUUGUUUUUUGAAUCACGUACAUUUUCAUUUGUAGAUUUCCAUUUCUUAAUGUAAUGUGCUUUCUAUUCGGCCAUAUUUUCAUUGUUGUGCUUGUUGCUACUAAUGUUGUUGUUGUUGCAUAAUAUUAACAUGUUUGAUAAAGUCACAUACAUUUAUCAUCUCCAUCAGUAAUGUGUGCAUUGACAGAAAACUGACCCCAAAACUUGUGCUGUAUAAUCAAUAUUAUUUAAGUAUGGUCAACUGUUGGUGCAUUUGGUUUUAGAAUAAUUUUGCAAAAAUUCACACAAUUUCAACACAGUGAAAUUUAUUUAUUAAACAGUGUGUUUAUUUGAGCUUCACUCUGUGAAAAUGGGGCUUAUUACAUAUACUAAAGUGUCUCCAAUAUUAGCCUGCACAUUCUGCACUUCAUGGGUGUAUUGAUACUAAUAAGCAAUAGGGCCAUGCUUAAGAACCAUAACCCUACACUUUCUUAAAUCAGAGUAAUUGCCCUUUGAUGUUUUUGUAUGAUAGAAUUUUUCAGGGCUUUAUUUCAGAUACAAUAUAAUACUUCAAAAUGAAACUUUAUGGGUGUGUAGAAAUCGAUGGGAAGAAGUACCAUGGGCAAGAACUAUAACUGGACACUUUCUUAACGAAGAGUUAUGGCCAUAUGUUGUUUUUGUAUGAUGUAACUUUUCAAGGCGAUAUCUCAGAUAUGCUACAAGAUUUCAAUAUUAAACUUCAUUGGUGUAUAGAUGUCAAUGAGGAGAAUUUCAAUACAUACAAAAAAUUACUCUUAAUUAUUUUUUAUGAUUAUACCAUAUAUCAAGGGAUUUGCACCCAUCCAUAACACAAUUUAUUUGGCAUGGGAUAUGGAUUAAACAAAUUUGCAUGUUUUGUUUCCUAUGAUGUGUCUGAUUUAUGAUCAAAGAUCAAACACGUCAGACAUGGUAUUAAGAGUCCUGAUCAAACAACUAAAACAUAAUAUGACAUAUUAUAUUACAAAGGAAUGUGUUCCACUUUUAUUUUUGCCUUUAAUAGAUACUCAUUUCUGAUCAUUAGUUAAAGCUUAGCAUUAUAUAUGAUAUAAUUAUAUUUUAGAGCAGCGAUAAAAACAGAUUUUUUGUCAAGUUCUCCAGUUUAUGAUAUUGAACUGAACUGUACAAUAAGAAUGAAUUAUCGUACAACUAUUUAAACACUAAGCACAUUAAUGAACUAUAAACACUUAAAUGUUUUAGUAAUUCUAUGAGGACUCUUAUAUAGAGGCAAAUUAUUAUAAUAUAACAGAUUUUUGUACUACUAGUUUGUUAGGUGUCUUGUAUUUUAUCAUCUCAUAAUUUUAAAUUUUAUAGAAUUAUACAUUUGUGGACCAAUGAAUAUUUCUUGUUUGUUGGUGUAUCUGUUUAAAUACAUUAAAUAUUUCUGUUAUGAUCACGCAAAUAUUUAGUGAUAUAAUCAAUCUGUAAAUAUUCAUAUCUAAAAAAUAAUUUAAACUUCACAUUUCAGGAGCAUGCAUGAUGCCAAAUAAAACUUCUAAAUCGUUGGUUUAUUUUUUGUAAUGGAUAUGUGCUUCAGUGAACGAUACCAAUCGUUUUUUGAAAAUUUUUAACCGUUGUAUACAACUGAAUAAUCUAUCGUGUUAUUUUUCGAGUUAAAAUACAUUUUCUUAUCUGUUAAGAAACAUGAUAUGCGUGGAUGAUGUGGUCGCUGUAUGUGCUUUGCAUCUCCUUUACAAUUGAAUUGUUUUUGGUUUACAUGGUUGUUAAUUUAUUGUUGCGUAUUACAUAAUAGAAUUGAUGAAAUGUAGAAGAUUCAUUAGUUAUUACUCAUUAUGUCCAAUACACCGUGUACAAAUUUUUCCAAUGUUCAGUAUUUAGACAUUUUUUUAUCAUUUUUCCGCAUAGAACUGCCAUAAUAUUAUAUACGUAUUGCUAUAAUAUUGUAAGAUCGGGUAUAAUUUGCAUAUAUGUAACACGAACUGUUUAUUAUUUGUGUUUUGUGUUCCAUUUCAGUUCUUGUGAUGUUGUGUGAUUUCAAAUACUGUGAUGCCGAAAUGUUAAUAAAUGAUUCAAACGUG